UGGUCCCUAGCCCGUGCACUAUGGUAGAAGGUAUUUGAUUUUUGGGAGAAUGUUUUUCCUGAUCUUUUUCAACUGAAUCGUUUAUUUCUCUCUUCAUUGCUUUGUUAUUAUAAAGGAACUGUGGAGUUUCUAGAUGUCAGUUGCUUGAUUUACAAAUUUGUGCGUUCCGUAAAUGUUGUAGUGUUUGGUGGCCUGGUUAUUUACAUAGUAUCCCGGCGCUGGACGUUAUGGCUGGGCUGUCAGUAAGGGCUUCUUCUAAAGCGCUUGUAGCUACAGCGAAUAAGGACGUGAUGCCGACAAUUGUCAUUGGUGUGAAAAGACCAAGUGCCCAAAUAUUAGAUGAGGAAACUUAUAUUGAGAGCUUGGAGAAAAUUGUGCAGCGGGAUUUCUUUCCAGAUGUGGAGAAGUUACGAGCACAGAAGGAAUAUCUGGAUGCUGAAGAAACUGGCGACUUGGAGAAAAUGAGAGAAAUUGCAAUAAAGUUUGGUUCCUCUUUGGGGAAGACACCUGGCAAUACACCUGCUCCAGAAGUAAGACUUUGCUUUCAUGCCCAGAUCUUGCUGCAUGCUGAGUCAUAG